AGAGAGAGAGAAAGAGAGAGAGAGAGAGAGAUUGUGUAAAAGCUGAAGCAGAGCAGCAGUCAGGAAGCAGUGCGCGGCAGAAACACGGAAGAUCUGACAGCAAAAGCUGCAAAGCGCGCCGAUCUGGAGCUUCACUGGAGCUUCACUGGAUCCUCUCUGGACCCUCACUGCUCUGAGCCGCCGCUGUGAGAAAUGUGAGAGCGCCGUCUGCGCAGCGGAGCUUUGAGACGCGGAGCGAGCGGAGUUACAGCGUGAAUGAGAGAAGUUUGUGCAGACAGUGUCCAGAGAGUGAGAGUGGCAGGCUGGUGACUCUUCUGGGGGGAGGGGGGCAGAAGGAGGGACCUGUGGCUCCAGGCGUGAAGCAGCCAGAUGCCCAAAGAGAGGCGGAGGUCUCUGAGGGAGGCCGUGGCGUACAGGGCUUCUCCUCUGGGGGACGGCGCAGCGGGGAAAGAGCGCCGCUUCUCCAUCGAGCAGCCGCCCAUGGAGGGGCAGCAGAGCCGCGAGAUUCCCGAUGAGAGCGGCACGGGGAGAGGCAGCCUCGUGCCCCAGGUGACCAUCACGGCGGCCACGGACGGACAGAUGGAGCCCACCGAGCUGAUAACGGACAUGGACGAGGUGAACGGACCUCUGCGCCGCAAACUCUCCAACUCCUCCAUCUCCUCCACUGGCUCGUCAGUAGGGCUGGAGGAGUCUGAGGACGACAUCCUGAGCGACAACGAGACCAAGAGCAAAGGCAUCAUCACUCUGGAGCACCUGGGGGACGCAGGAGAGCAGGCCAAACCCUGGUGGAAGUUGAAGACUGUUGUCCACUGGCCCUUUGUUGCCUCACAGAGGAAGAGGCUGUCCUGGGUCCAGUUAGCAGGUCAUAAAGGCAGCUUCAAGGCAGCUGAAGAGGGCACUAUCCUGAAGAAAUACUCAGAGAAUGAGAAGCUGUGUUUCGAGCGCUUGAGAGAUGAUGUGCUCCAGCGCUUCGUGCCGGCCUACCAUGGCAUUGUGGAGAGAGAUGGAGAGCUCUUCCUGCAGAUGAGUGACCUGCUGGUAAACUUUGACGGACCAAAUGUCAUGGAUUGCAAGAUGGGAAUGAGGACGUAUCUGGAGGAUGAGCUGGUGCGGGCCCGGGAGAAGCCCAAGUUGCGCAGGGAUUUGUAUAAUAAGAUGCUGGAGGUGGACAGAGAGGCCCCGACCCCUGAGGAGCAGAAGCAGCAGGCUGUGACCAAACCACGCUACAUGCAGUGGAGGGAAAGCCUCAGCUCUACCAACACGCUGGGCUUCCGCAUCGAGGGCAUCAAGAAGGCAGAUGGAACCUGUCACACAGACUUUAAGAAGACACGUUCGAGGGAGGACGUCACACAGGUCUUCAUGGACUUUGUCAGCAGGAAUGGAAACAUAAUUAGCUCCUACAUUAGGAGGCUAGAGGAUAUCAGACAGACUCUAAAGGCUUCAGAGUUCUUCAUGAAACACGAGGUCAUUGGGAGUUCGUUGCUGUUCAUCCACGACCACACAGAGCGAGCUGAUGUUUGGCUCAUUGACUUUGGGAAGACCACGGCUCUACCAGAAGGACAGAUACUGGACCACUGCAGACCCUGGGAGGAGGGGAACCGAGAGGAUGGAUAUUUAUGGGGCCUUGACAAUCUGCUUCAUACCCUUGCUUCACUAAACACAGAGUGUACACAACUUGGUGUUCACACAGAGUGUUCAUAACGAACCUACUCUCCAGUCUCUCAAAGAGCUUUAGGGGACAGAUGGACCCUGUUGCAGUGUGCUAUGGACAGAUGUGAUGUGACGAUUCCCUUAUUUACAAUGUUGAACUGUAAAGUCACUCAGUCUGUAUAGUCAGAGCAGAUUCUGACUCAUCAGCUGUUUGUCUCCACUCGCCUCUUAAAAUGAGUCAUCAUCCAGCAGAGCUGGUCAUGAAUUGAAUUUAGAGCCUCUUAUUUUUAGAUAUUAGAUAGAAAUUCUCAUGAUAAUUUACAGAAAACAUAGGCAACAUUCAGUACCUCUGUUUGUCAGCAGCCUCAAUUCGAACGAUCAGACCUCCAUCAUCAACACUAUAAUUACACUGUCAGGCCAUGUGAAGACCAGGCAGCCGACAAUGUACAAUAGACCUCUGAGAACAUGCUGUCAUUUUGUAGUUAGUGAUUAGCGUGUUGAUGAGCCUUGGGUCCGAUCUAUUUUUGUUCAUAGGAAAUAUGAAUAAUCAUGACCACCUCUGUGGUUAACAGGAGUAGAACCCAUACUCAAGUAAAAGUAUUGAUACUUUAGCCACAUUAAAGUAAAAGCAAAAGUAAAAGAACUUGAGUGGAAGUUCAAUUCAAAACACUACUGAAGUACUGAGUAACGUAAAGAACCGCAGUGCAACUUCUUACUACAUCCAGCGUCUAUCGGAAUAGGAACUGAAGCGUGAUAGCUGCUGUUCUUCUUUUGGGGUCCUUGUGGGAAAUGCAGAAGUGUGUCCAGUCAUGAAGCAGUACAGACACUGCGAACUACAACACGAAAAAGCAAAUAGUAACUAAAUGUUAAUGAUUAAAAUAGUAAAGUAAAAAAUAGAUUUGUCACAAAUAUACUUUGAAGCAUUUAAAAAUACCUCGGAAACAGCAAAUCGAUGCAUGAGUAAUGAACCCCCCAAGUUUCAGAUAACUCCACCCCUUUUGAGAAACUGUGAAAAAUUGUUGAAAAAUGGAAGGGACACUUUAGACCGUUUGGAAGUGUGGCCACUGUGACACACAAAAAAGCAAAAAGAAAGCAAUACUGCUGUGUCUUUCAUCUUCACUUCACUGUAGCCCAUUCCGAUCAGAAUAACGCAGGUUAAACACCUUUAAAGGGAAUCUGGGCUGUUAAGACUGAUAUACCUUAAAAUAAUGUAUGUCUAAUAUUAUUAAACAAUGACAAAUAAUACUUUUUAGUUUGGUUUAUUUGCCAUUGUUUAAUAAUAUUAGACUAAAAAGUUUGGUUUAUAGGACGUUGCCAUUGUCACACUGUGAUGAUGUCACAUGGUUGCAAUGGAGUCAAUGGUACGGAAAUAAGACACUCAAAGUUUUGUUGGGUUUGGAAAGGCUGAAUGACAUAUUGUGUUAAAUCCUACCUUUAGUGUGUUAAAUCCUACCUAGCUCACUGUUCCUCGCUCAGUAGAAAAGACAGAACAACCGUUUGAUGUCACAGAAAAUGGCAUCUAUUGGUAUCUAUUGGUAGAGGAACUGUCUCUGCUUUUUAUGAAAAAUAAAGUCUUUUGCUUUAUACAACAUACUUAUACAACACAAAUGUAAACUGACUAAGUUUUCAUGAUCCAUAUAGACAUAUAGGCCUACAGUUACGUGAGCAGAAACGUCUCCGCUGAGUACUGACUAGCGAGAUGAAAGCGUCCAAACCAAACUUGUCCACUCAUACACUCGUAUCGAAACGGGAAAAGAGUAAACAAAAUUAAAACAGAAACAAAAUGUGUUCACAUGCUUUAAAGUACAAUCAGACCUCAUCUGACCAGACUUGGGUGCAUUUUAGGGAAAAGUGUGAAUGAAAUGUGGGCCAAAGUUUAUCCAGAUAAGAUCUGAACUGGAAACAGAUUCAAGUGCCACAUGUAACCAGAUUUUGUAAAGCUGAAAUAAUCUAAAAAAUACAAAUAUCAGCACAUUAUGUGAAGCUUCUAACUGGACAAAACAUUACUCUUCUCAUAAGCAUCCUCCACUCGUCAUUGUGUUACAUACUCUUUAAUGAGACUAAAGAACUUAAAUGUAGAAAAGUAACUUAAAUGCAUUUUUCACAGCAUGUGAAUCUUGUUUCUGAAUCACUUGAACACAAUAUUGUUAUACUAUUAUUUUGAUAGUUUUUAAAGAUAUGUUAAAACUUCUUUUCAAAACUAUAUACUUCAGUUUUUAGUUAAAAUGGCUUUAGGCGCUUUGAAACUUUAUUUUAACUCAGUAAAUGGAAGUAAAUGGUACUUACCACUCUGUUUUGGAGGUUAAUUGACAAGUUCAAAAAUCUGUACAUUGUGUUCUGUGUGCGUUUCCCCCCGAAUAUGCAAGCUACAUGCAAGCUAACACUCCUGCACACGGAACUGGCAACAUAACCUCACCACAAUACCAUGUGAAAACAGCAAGAUUGGUCAGGAGUGGUAGCGGCCUUGACAGUGAGAAGCCACAGUUUGAGGAGAUGAUGUGUUGUAACAGUGUUGUUGUAAUGUAUAGUUACAGUAAAAUCCUUACUUGUACGUCACAUUAAUUAAAGGAGCAGUGUGUAAGAUUUUGUGGCACCUAGCGGUGAAGUAGCGGUGCAACUAACUGAAUACCCCUCCCUUUCCAAACAUGUAGUACAACCUAUGAUGGCCAGCAAGUUUCCUCUUCUUUGAUGCCUUCCUUGCUUUUUAUUGUGCUAAAUAAAUGUCAAAAUUUUGGUUUUCAAACUAACAAAAUGAUUAGCCAGCACCGGGAGUCUUCCAAUGUGUGCAACAGAGCCACCAAAUUCAAGCUGCCACUUCACCAUAAAAACACGACAGGCACUCUCUAGAGCCAGUGUUUGGUUUCUCCUUUCUGGGCUACUGUAGAAACAUGACAGCGCAACAUGACGGCCUCUGUUGGAAGAAGAUCUGCUCCCUACGUGAUAUGAAGGGCUCAUUCUAAACUAACGAAAGACACAGCAGUUCAUAGUUACAAGUGAUUAUACAUGAAUGAAAAUGUGGUAUUGUAUACAAUAUUCCAUUCUGCUAAUGGAUUCUCCUAAAUCAUUCCCACAGCACCUUAAAAUGGAUGUAUCCACAUGAUUUAAAUACACUGGACUGUUAGCUUAUUUGUUAGCAAUACUUACUGAGCUCAUAAUUCAAAGGACCCAUUGAUAUGUGAAAUUGUGCAUAGAAGAAAAUGUGUCACCCUUGGAAUGUUUUUUCUUGACCUCCGGGUGUGACAGGGCAAAGCGUUACUCUUUUUUCCUCCAUUAACAAAAACUGCUUCAGCCCAGAUUUCCUGAUUUGGAAAUGUCUCCAAUUGCAAAGUGAAGCAGAACCUCAGAGGUCUAUAACCAAAAACCCAUUAUCAUCAAACUGAAGAGGUACCUUGCUUUACUAAAAGUUUAGGCACAGAUAUUUAACAUCCUCCUGUAAACUUACAUAGUGUUGCUCUCAUCAGAUAAGAAAUUCAGCUAAGGCAGACUGUUCAAAGUGCACAAGGAAUACGAAUGAACUACAGUCACACCCAACUGCAAUGACAGCCAGCAUCCAAGAAAGCUUACAGAAUUCAGCUAGCGCACUCGCUGCCUCUGUCUUUAGCCAAGAAUGGUGCUGUGCUCAUGCUUUGUUUCUCAGCUGAAGAUGUGAAAUUAAUCACUUGUUUGUGUGGGCCUUUUGCUUUUAGCACAAAUGGAGACAUAACAAUGCAACUGAUGACUGGUGUAAUGUCCCUUGGCGAGUGUGCUGAAGGCUGGUUAUGACUCAUGAGCGAAGUCCCCACAGUGAACUAAGCUAGUAAUAAGAAAGCAUAGCAGGAUGUAUGGUAGCUUAGUCACCCUUUCCAGAAUGCAAUUGUAUACAAUCCUAUAAGACUACAGAUAAUAACUAAAUGCAUGGGCCACUGGGGAAAUAACUGUAGUAAUAAGUGUUGUAGAUCCAACUGCAGAAACUUGAAAUGCAGGAAAGGUCAUGUGGCACUACUUCACCACAACUGUACUCACACUACAACAGCAGAAAUAGACCAUGUGACAAACCACAAGGGCUUUUAGCCUUUACAGACUGCCCUUACACCUUCAGCUGUUGUAGUCCAGUGGUGAUGAAAGCCAGACACAAGAUUGACUACCUCUCCCACAUCAGUCUGGGUUAAAAACAAAAUGAAAUUACCAACCCCCAGCCCACAUUCACAGACCGUAGGACUCCUGCCAGACACAUAAGACAUUUUUCUUUUCGCUGUGUCUUUUUACUUUUUGACUCACUUCGGAUUCCAUUUCAGACUCGUAGACCACAGCACUGCAGAGUUUACUGUUCGCUUUCAUGAGCAGCAUUUCAAAAGCCAGGCUGCAGUCUAGGUGGGCUGUGUUUCUAGACUGCAUCAAAGUCAUCAAAAGUUGUUCCAAUCAGAAACCUACCACUACUUGAGUAUCUUUCCUAUCUUCUCUUGGCGCAUGUAUCAUAGCUUAUGGAAUACAGCAAUGAAUAGAAUUUUGAGCUUCAGAUGAGCGCAAAUGAUAAUCUCUGCAGAGCUGUGGCCCAGAACCCAGUUUGACAUGUCUGGCCCAAGUGUAGGCCUGGAGGACUGGAGCCCAUCACAGUUUCCCAGCUGAUUUCCAGUAUACCUAACUCAUUAGCGAGAUUUAAAUUGGAACUCUAUUCUAUCUUUGCUUCUUUGGUACAUUCUUCCUGCACCAAACCAAUGACAUGAAACUCUGAUUGGCUAAUGGCACCAUGUGCAACUUGGUGGUCAGCAACUAAGUUCCAAGCUUGCGCCAAGAGAUGAAAAAAACAGAGGGUCAGUUGAGGUUUGCAGAGAAAUGUCCAUUGGAAACAGGUCGCUAUGGCUGGUCAGGUCCAGGUACACUCGACCAGCUCAAACUCUGCCCCUACUACUACAUCUGGUAAUUACCUGAUAAGUUUAAUCAGGGAAAUCAGCAAACUGUGCUAGAUUCCUGCACUGCAGGGCUGAAGCUGGUAACCCAUUUCACGAAUGCAUGAAUCUUGUUUUUCAGCCUCUCUCCUGGCUGUGUCUUCAUAAUGUUUCAUCUUUUAAAGCAGUACUGUCUACGAGUGUCCCAUUACCAGCCCAUGAAUAUCUAGUAAUAUAGUGUGUGGGUUUACGUAGGUCUGGGGUUUUUGACCAUGAUGAGACCUCUGAUCCUAACAGUUUUUCUCUUAAAUAUUCCUACUUGAAGAUCAAACUAGUAUGCAACAAAUCAGUCUGUGAACACAAAAUGUUAGUAUGUUUCUGAUGAUUUAUAGAGCUUGUGGUGCAAAAUGAUAUUGAGAAUAAUUCUGUUGAUUAAUUAAAACUUUGCUAAGUUUCUGUGGUGUUCAGCAUUAAGUGUAAAGACAUGGGCAGCAAUCUGCAUUUCUGUAUUCAUAUGAAAGUAUUUUUCAAGACAGAUCGGACAAAUCUUACCUUGAAACACUAUUGUUUUUAGGGAUCAGGUGGAAGUAUUUCUUGUCACAGAAUGUACAUAUUUUAGAGUUUCUCAUAAUAAAAAGCUUGAAAAAUUCAA